CUUAAAUCGUGGGCGGAGCUUAAGUCGUGGGCGGGGCUUAGAUCAUGGGCGGGGUUUUAAGUUGAGGGGGCGAGGCCGUCCGCUGGGCGGUGCCUGACGUCACGCCAUGGCGGGUCCCGGGGCUGUGCUGACCGACUGAGGCCCAUCCUGCGCCCCCCCCUCAUGGAGGCAGCUCGUAACGGGGGCUGCGUAACGCAGUCCCCCCCGCCCCCCCGAACCCCGCAUGCCCCCUCGCCCUCCUCCCCCUCCCGCUCCCAGCAUGCACCAGGAGGACCCAGCAGCCCUUCCCAGAAUGCACAGCAGCAGGGCGACACGCCGGGCCUGCUGCGCGUGUCUCUGCCCAACAAACAGCGCACCGUGGUGCACGUGCGGGGUGGUUCCUCGGUGAGGGAGAGCCUGAACAAGGCCCUUGCUAUCCGCGGCCUCAUCCCCGACUACUGCAAUGUCUUCACAGUGCGCGACGGCAUGAGGUCGGCUCUCAGCUGGGACGUGGACAUGGCGAGCGUUGGCACCGAGGAGCUCCAGGUGGAGCUGAAGGACAACGUCACGGUCACCACCCACAACUUCGUGCGCAAGACGUUCUUCCGGCUGGCGUUCUGUGACUUCUGCCUGAAGCUCAUGUUCCAGGGCUUCCGCUGCCAGACAUGCGGCUACAAGUUCCACCAGCGCUGCAGCACCGAGGUGCCCGUCAUGUGCAUCAACGUGAACCGCCUGCGGCUCACCGAGUGUUACACCCCGAGUCUCGUCCGCCAGGAGGGCCACACCUUCCAUUUCGCCACCUUCUCUGGUCCCCCCCACUCUGCUGUGCUGCCCACCACCUCCAGGCGUUUAUCCACGCAAACCUUCCAGUUCCCAUCCAUCGGAGGCGAUCACGGAGGUCAGCUGACCCAGCGAGAUCGAGCGAGUUCCACCCCCAACAUCAACUCGAGCGUCAUAGGCAACGUGGAUGUGGGCUUCAUAGAGUCCUUCGUGCAAACCCAGCAGCAGCAGCAGCAACAACCCUCUGCUGACGUGGUGUCGAGUGUGGAAGUGGUGGAGGACACUACCGAAACCAGGGCCGGGACAUCCAGUCGACUGCACCGCUCACCCGCCAUCCGCCGGCCCUCGGACGAGAAGAACCGCCUGUUCCGUGGCCGGGACUCGUGCUACUACUGGGAGAUUCGGGAGGAGGAGAUCUCCCUCCUGAACAUGGUCGGUUCGGGCUCCUUCGGGACCGUGUACAAGGGCAAGUGGCACGGAGACGUGGCUGUGAAGAUCCUGAAAGUGACCGAUCCCACUCCGCAGCAGCUGCAGGCCUUCAAGAACGAGGUGGCUGUGCUCAGGAAGACGCGGCACGUGAACGUGGUGCUGUUCAUGGGAUAUCUGACGAAGCCCCGCCUCGCCAUCGUCACGCAGUGGUGCGAGGGCUCCAGCCUCUACCGCCACCUGCACGUCAACGAGAGCAAGUUCGAGGUGUUCCAGCUCAUCGACAUCGCCCGCCAGACGGCGCAAGGCAUGGAUUACCUCCACGCGAAAAACAUCAUCCACCGUGACCUCAAAUCCAACAACAUCUUCCUGCACGAGGGCCUCACGGUGAAGAUCGGCGACUUUGGGCUCGCCACCGUCAAGUCGCGCUGGAGCGGAGCUCAGCAAGUCGAGAACCUGUCCGGCUCCAUCCUGUGGAUGGCCCCAGAGGUGGUCCGCAUGCAGGACACGAACCCGUACACGUUCAAGUCGGACGUCUACGCAUUCGGCAUCGUGCUCUACGAGCUCCUGGCCAAGGAGCUGCCCUACGCGCACAUCGGCUCCCGAGACCAGAUCCUGUUCAUGGUGGGGCGGGGUUACCUGUCUCCGGACCUGAGCAAGGUUUGUGGGAACUGCCCCAAGGCCAUGAGGAGGCUCAUGGCCGACUGCCUCAAGAAGCUGCGCGACGAGCGGCCCCUCUUCACACAGGUCCUGGCGUCGAUCGAGCUGCUGGCGCACGCACUGCCCAAGAUCCACCGCAGCGCCUCGGAGCCGUCGCUGAACCGCUCCGGCCUCGACCUCGACGACCUGCGCUCCAUGUUCAUGCAGCCCACGCGCUUCGGCGCCAAGUGAUUGCGCCCCCUCCUGCCCCCCCCCCCCCCCAACUGCGACCGGCGAGGGGCGGGCGCUCCACUCUCCGGCUCCAUCGCACUGGAAAGGAAAUGGGAUGGUCCUACUACCCCC